GGUUCUGAUCAACCCCGACUCCAUCGGCACCACCCGCCCCCGGCCGCAAUGAACCGACACCGACUGAGACUGGUCACAUUCGAUGCGUUCGGCACCCUCUUUCGCAUGCGGGAGCACCCGGCGCUGACGUACCAGCGGAUCGCCCAGGCACACGGGCUCAAAGUUGUCUCGGAGCCCGACCGGCUCAAGGCCUCGUUCCAGGAUGCCUAUCGCAAGCAAGGCGCGAGCAAUCCCGUCUUUGGCAGACUGAGCCAGGGAUCUCGUCCUUGGUGGAAAUCGGUUGUCCGCAACACCCUGAUCGGAUCUGGAUGCCCCAAAGCAGAUGUCGACGGCGCUCUGGAUCCAGUCUUUGCGGAGCUCUUUGACCUUUAUGCCCAGGCCGCCCCCUAUGAGGUCUACCCAGAAGUUGUGCCGGUGCUUGAGACCCUAAGAACAACGGUGUGCGAGGACAAGGUUCCGAACGGCAUGGGCAAAGGGACCAAGUUCUGGAUGGGAGUGGUCUCGAACUCGGACGAUCGAACAGAGGCAAUCCUGCAGUCGCUUGGGCUGGCCAAGUACUUUGACUUUGUACUUACAGCAUAUCAUUUUGGAUCCGAGAAGCCCGGCCGGGGGAUCUUUGAUGAGGCCCGACUCCUUGCCCGCAAUUGCAAGGCCGAGGAGUGUUUGCAUCUGGGCGACGAUCUCGAGCGCGACUAUAACGGGCCCAAGCUCAUCGGCUGGAACAGCGUGUUGAUCAGACGCAACAACGACCAUCCGGUGCCUGCCGGCGUCGCAACUGCCUCGUCGCUAAAGGCCGCCUUUGCCGAUGAUUGACACCCACACACAUCAGCGCUCGUCUAGACUGUAGAAUACGCAUCGUCGCCUGCGGUGCCCCUCGUGCGAUGCAAACAUACUCGCACUGCUUGCGGCUGAGGCACGGAUGCCUGCGAGCCGGCUGUCGACAUCGCAACUGCGCCACCCACCCCCGAGCCAGCGCACUUGCCCGGAAUCCAUAGUGCAAAUACAAAACCAAAACCUCGGACGG